CGGCACUCGCGCCCCGCCGAGACGCAGCCCUAACAUGGCGGAGGGCGGGCCGGGCGCUGCCAACCCGCUCUGUCCCGCGGGGGCUCCGGGCCCCGCCGCUGCGCUCCCUGCUGCCGGCGGGGCAGGGCCGGACCGCCUGCGCCCGCCCCCGCUGCUGGGGCAACCGGCCCGUCCGGCUCCUACCUGCCAGGGCGCGGCGGCGGCCAUGAGGGCGGCGAGCGAGGAGCUGUUGACGGUGGCGGUCGAGGAGUCGGGCAGCGGCGUGCGCGGCGAGGCGGCGGCCGGCGGGCAGCCCUGGAAGAAACUUGCGUAUGUUGAGCCAUCUAGGAGGGUCAAAGAAAUACUAGAAGAAGAGCUUUGUUUUUGGAAAGAAGCAUGCCAAGUUAAACACCCAGCUGCAGUGGCUCUGGAAGGAAUUUGGAGUGUGAAAAAGAAUUUCUCCCUCGGAAGCCUGAAACCAGUGUCACGGAACAAGAACAGUUUACUUUUACAGCCUCAAUUCUACUCAAGGCAUGGAGGAAUGAAAAGUAAGAGUCAAUAUUAAGAAACUGUCACCGUAACACCUCAUCUUAAAAUUGCAGGAUUGCUGAACUUUGUGCUGUGAAGACCCGAGCCUGUUUUGUUGCUUCAAAUCAAACAUCAAAAUGACUGUCUGCCUUUGGAAAUGUAGAUUGGUAUUUCUAAGGUUUUGAAGAAAGUUGUGCUUGGAUAGGGAGCUAUUUCUUCUAUUUCGUUAUUCUAUUCAUAUCCUUGUACUGCUUUUUUGUCAGAUGUUGUAGUAACCAAAUCUGAUCCAUAUUUCAGCCAGUGCUGAAGAUGUUACAAUCCAAAGAUUACAAGAUGUUCUUCUGACAAAAAUCUACUACUGUGAAACUUGACAUUGUCUUAGGCUUCUCUGCUCCAACGUCAUUCUAAGUUCAGCAAAAGAUUGUAAUGUACGUGCCUUAAAAUACCUUAGGCCUAGUUAAUUCAUUAAACUGAGCAGUUGAUAAGCCAAGAGUUUGUGAUUCAGUAUCUAGCCUGAUGUAAUAAAAGUUUAACCCAAAUAA